UUUAUUUUCCAUGAUAAUUUGGCUCGUUUUAUUGGAGCCUCUUUGGAGAACAAUGUCGCAGUGAUGUUGUUCGAACAUACCACGAAAGGAACUCUCCAAGAUAUGAUCCUCGACGAAGAUUUUCAAAUGGACUGGAAAUUUAAAGUUUCGUUUAUCAAAGACAUCUUGCAUGUCAAACCAAUAUAAAUUGACGUUAAAGGGAUUGCAGUAUCUGCAGAACAGUAAAAUAAAUUUCCAUGGCUAUCUUCAAAGUCGAAAUUGCAUCGUAGAUUGUCGCUAUGCAGUCAAAUUGAUGGAUUUUUCCCCAAAAAAUGUGUUCAAAUCAAAAAUAAGAAAAAAAAUCAACCUUUUAAACUACGGAUCGCUCAGUAAUUUUGAAAUAUUAAAUUUAUCAAUUGAUCUUCUUUGGACAGCCCCCGAGGUCUUUGGUAGUCUAAAGGACUAUAGAGGGGUUGAAUCUGAACGCUGUUGUGAUAUGUAUAGCUUUGGACUCAUUCUUCAAGAAAUUAUCACUCGAGAGCACCCAUUUGUCUAUUCAAAAACAGAAAAAGACCCAGUAGAACUUAUAAAAUUUAUUUUGAAAAAUAAUGCUGCUCCAAAAGUAGAUCUUAUGGAUUAUUGGGACAACGACUGUCCUAUGGCUAUAUUGGACGUAAUCAAUACAUGUAUUUACUCUCCGCCUUUUAAAAGGCCAUUACCAAAACAAAUCCUUGAGAUAAUUAAGUAUGACUGUUUCAUUUUAUUUAUAACAGAAAAGACUGUCCAGGAACAGAAAUAA